UUGUGUUGAUAUUAUCUUGAUUUGGCUAAUGUAGCAUAGCUUUUUUAUAUAUUCUUUUUUCUCUGCUUUUGCUUGAACCAGUGGCGGGCAUGUUACUAGUCUCUACUGCCUUUUGUUUUGUUUUUUUUUUAAAAACUAUCCAAACCCUCUGGUUUUCUUGGCUCUUGGUUCUGAGUUUCUGACAGAAAGUUGAGAGUGAGUGCAAAUUCUAUUCUUGUAUAGGAACCAUGGGGACUUUCACUGAUGUAAACAUUGCAAAAAACAACAACGAUCCUACUUAAGCAUUGCUUCAGUUUGAAUCUCUGCUUACAAACUUCUACCAGCUCCUUACCUGCUUCCUUGGUUCCCUACAUACAAAAGAAGCUGGUUACCUUUCUUGGAGCUGCAACUGAGACAAUGGAAUUCAGGAAAGAGAAGUUUGUUUUGUGUUGUGUAGCCCUGCUCUGCUUGUGGAGUUCUGCAUGUGGAUUGCUUUCACCAAAAGGUGUUAACUUUGAAGUGCAAGCUUUAAUGGGCAUAAAAAAUUUUCUGGUUGAUCCUCAUCGGGUUCUUGACAAUUGGGAUGAGGCUGCUGUUGAUCCAUGUAGCUGGAGUAUGGUCACUUGCACUCCUGAUGGUCUAGUCGUUGGCCUCGGAGCUCCAAGCCAGAAUUUGUCUGGUACUCUUGCACCUACCAUUGGAAACUUGACAAAUCUCCAGCAUGUGCUCCUACAGGAUAACAAUAUAGCAGGACAUAUACCCUCCGAAUUGGGGAAACUUCCCAAGCUUAACACACUUGAUCUUUCUAGCAACUCCUUCUCUGGUCAAAUUCCCAGCAGUCUGUCCCAUGUAAAAAGCCUCCAAUACCUGAGGCUGAAUAAUAACAGCCUCUCAGGACCAAUACCUUCCUCCUUGGCAAACAUGACUCAGCUUACUUUCCUGGACUUGUCUUUCAAUAAUUUGAGUGGUCCUAUGCCGGGGUUCUAUGCAAAAACAUUCAACAUUGUCGGAAACCCAUUGAUCUGUGCCACGGGGAAUGAGCAAGACUGCUCCAGAACAAGACCAAUGCCAAUAUCUUUUCCCUUAAAUAAUUCACAAAGCUCACAACCUUCUGGAAGACCCAAAAGCCACCGAAUUGUUUUAGCCUUUGGCUCAAGCCUAGGCUGCAUCUGUCUACUUAUUCUUGGAUUUGGUUUACUUCUUUGGUGCAGGCAAAGACACAAGCAGCAAAUAUUCUUUGAUGUUAAUGAACAACAUCGGGAAGAAGUUUGCCUUGGAAACUUGAAGAGGUUCCCUUUCAAGGAACUUCAGGUAGCUACUAACAACUUCAGCAGCAAGAACUUGGUUGGAAAAGGAGGUUUCGGAAACGUAUAUAAGGGGUAUCUCCAGGAUGGAACAGUAGUAGCUGUGAAAAGGCUUAAAGAUGGAAAUGCCAUUGGAGGCGAAAUCCAAUUUCAGACUGAAGUUGAGAUGAUAAGCCUAGCAGUUCACCGCAACCUCCUUCGGCUCUAUGGAUUUUGCAUGACAGCGACAGAGAGACUUUUGGUUUAUCCCUACAUGUCCAAUGGUAGUGUUGCUUCUCGCCUCAAAGCCAAACCAGCCUUGGAUUGGGGAACAAGGAAACGAAUUGCUUUAGGAGCAGCUAGGGGAUUAUUGUACUUGCACGAGCAGUGUGACCCAAAGAUAAUUCAUAGGGAUGUUAAGGCUGCAAAUAUACUUCUUGAUGAUUACUGUGAGGCCAUUGUUGGAGAUUUUGGAUUGGCAAAGUUGCUGGAUCACCGGGAUUCCCACGUGACAACAGCUGUGAGAGGCACUGUGGGACAUAUAGCCCCGGAAUAUCUAUCAACUGGCCAGUCCUCUGAGAAAACAGAUGUUUUUGGGUUCGGUAUCCUUCUACUUGAGCUGAUAUCUGGACUGAGAGCUCUCGAAUUCGGGAAGACAGCUAACCAGAAAGGAGCCAUGCUUGACUGGGUAAGAAAAAUUCACCUAGAAAAGAAACUUGAGAUGCUAGUUGACAAGGACCUGAAAAACAAUUAUGAUAGGAUUGAGCUAGAAGAAAUGGCUCAAGUGGCUCUUCUAUGCACUCAAUACCUUCCAAGUCACAGACCCAAGAUGUCAGAAGUGGUUCGCAUGCUAGAAGGUGAUGGACUUGCCGAGAAGUGGGAAGCAUCCCAGAGAGCUGAAGCAACCAGGUCCAGAGCCAAUGAAUUCUCCUCUUCAGAGAGAUACUCUGAUCUUACCGAUGACUCUUCCUUGCUGGUUCAAGCAAUGGAGCUCUCUGGACCAAGAUGACAUGCACCUCUGAGAGAAGGGAGAGAAUCAUAAAUUGUUUAAAAGAAGAAACCUCAAAUGCAUCUUAGGACAGGAACGUGUUGUAUAGUAUUAUAAUACUGAAAACUCUAAAUCUGUCUCAUUUCUGAUUGUACAGAUUUAGAUUAAAAAAACACUGACUUUUAGGUUGAGUGUUACAUUUCCUGCUACUGGUGAGUGAAGAAUUUUCUGGGGAUGUUUUACUGUGAGUUACUUGUAAUAAAAAUGCUUCCAAAAUGAAUUUUA